CGCGAACGAGGGUCGUACGGAAACCGCUGUAUCCAACCCCCGCAUCGAGGACAACUACAACACGACAGCUUCCACGCUCGUCCGCAAGUCGCUUGCGCGGACGCAAACGCACCAGCUGAUUUUUGCUGCGAACACCAGCCGGACGUCGUCGAUGCCGGGCUCAUCGUCGAACAAAGCGGUUCUUUCGCCAUUACGGUCUCAGCUGCCGCCAGGUACAAGAACUUCUACGGGGUCUAGUACGUCUGUUCUGCCAAGGUCGUUAGAUGACAUCUUUGUAACGACAACUACCACAACGACUGGUAGAAAUGAUGGUUUUUCUGGUGCACUAGUACAAGACGACGGGACCACCUCCACGACGAGCGGACAAGCGCAGCCAUUAUACAACCAGCCACAUCAACCGGCUAUUAUUUUCUCACCCCCAGGAGCAACGACCAUCGUCG